AUGUCUUCGGCACGAAAGAAGGCCAGCAAGAAGGCCGCAGAGAGCGACAGUGAGGGCCGACCCUCGCGGACGAAGAGGGCUCCCUCCAGGCUUGACCCCAGCAGCGAUGCGGGCGAGCUGUCGGGCGGUGAGACGCCGAGGCGUGGAGGGAGCAGGAGGAGAAGCGUGAGCGUCGAGCGCAAGAAGAGGAGGGGGCCGGGCAGGCCCAGGAAGACGGAAUCUGCACGCUCGAAAUCGCCAGCGAAGAAGAGGGUGACAGCUCACAAGCGCCGACGAUCAGUCGAUUUGGAGAGGGAGUACGAAGUCGAGCAGUUCCUUGAUCUGCAGCUCCUCGUAAAGUGGAAGGGCUAUGCCAAGAGCAGCGCGACGUGGGAGCCGCUAAAGAAUCUGCAGACGUGCGACGAGAUGGUGGUGGACUACUUGGAGAAGGUGAAGCAAAAGCUGCUCGCCCAGAUGGAGAGCAAGAGCUCGGAGGAAGAGACGAAGGAGGGAGAAGGCGAGAAGGAGAAGGAGGGGGAAGGCGUGGAGACUCCCAAGAGGAAGAGGGGCAGGCCACCGAAGAAGGCCAAGGUGACUGAGAAGGCAAGUGAAGAAGAGGUGGGAGACGAGAAGGAAGCGGACGAGUAA